UAAAAUGGCUUCUUCCUCGUUGAAGGGUACUCGGAAAACGUACAGCUUUGAGGAACGAGAAAUAUUGAUAACGUUGAUAAACAAAUACGAGGACAUCGAAGAGAGAAAAUCUGAUCCUGUUUCAAUGUGCAAACGGAAGUCCGCCUGGUCCCAACUUGCUGACGAGUAUAAUUUGAUGGUAGGUCCCCAAGGUGUGCGUUCAGCUGUGCAAUUAAGACGCUGUUGGGAAAACAUGAAAGCCUGCAAACGUAAUCGCGAAGAGAAAAAGUUACGAACAAUUUCCAAAAGUUUCUGCCAACUGUCCAAGGAUCACUCACGCUCAAAACCCUGGGAGAGUCGAACUCCAUUGUCGGAACUACCACUGCCAACCGGAACCGUGGGAUUGCCCCCGAAUGUCGUAUUUGAGCCGAAAGAAUCGGAACCGUUCACUUUGCAAAGCGUUUGCAGUUUGAACCCACCCCAACAAAGCUCGAGAGAUGAAAAUGGCUGCAAAGAUUCCGAUUCAGUCUGCAACAAAAUGAAUUCCAACCAAUUGUCGAGCGGAUCGUUGACUGACUGUUUCGAAAAAUCGACCAAAGAAUUAGACUCUCCCGUCGCCGAAAGAUUAGGCAAAGAGGACAUGCCGGAGAGAAGUCAUUUGAUAUUUAAGUCGAACGGGACGCAAACGUUAAUGUCUCCGUCAUUUAUUCACGAUCAACCGCGUAAAGCGAAGAAAUCAGUUCGCAAGGACGAAGAGUUACACGCGUUAGCUCUCUCCGAGGCGCAGAUAAAAGUCGAUAUCGCCGCCAUGUUGAAAGAGGAGGCACGAAUUAAACUGGAGGAGGCACAUUAUCGUAAAGAGGAGGCUAGACUCAGGAUGCUUCUUUUUACUUACAAGCUCGACAGAAUGAAAGGGAAUUGA